AUGUGCUUUGGCAUUACAAACGAGAGACUUGAGAAAGCCAAGCACAGAAUGUCAGUAUUAAUGAGAAAAGCACAGCCUUCACUUUACGAUAGACUAAGAUGGUCAGGAACCCUUUCAUCUAUGCACUUAGUGAUGAAUUUUGCAGAUAUUCGCUUUACACGUGGCGUGGCGCGAGAAAUCGCACUGGCACAGAGUCUCGACUGGCCCAUGUCUCACAAAUGGGUGAAAACAAACGAAGAAAAGAAUCAAAUGAACGGCUCGUUCGGAACCGGAUACAAACUCACACUAAGUUCACCGCAUCAAAAGACUGGUGUUACAAAAGUGAAACCAUUUAGUGGAACACUUGGGGUGAUGACCGCGGUUGACACCAAAGAAGGUCAGGAACCACCUCCUCGGAAGUCCUUCUUUCGCAAGUAUUUUCUCGAAGGAUGCAUGGCGCAUCCCGAAAAGAAGUCUAUGAUUCCGGCCAACACUUGGGAAGAGUCAUCGACACCGGUGGUCGUAGUGGAAGAGUCAGCGACACAAGAAGUUCCACCUGAUGCUGAUUUCAUCGAACGAUUCCUGGUUCUCAAUCGAAAAUACAUCGCGUUCAUAUUUCCGAUCAUUGUCAUGCAGACCUUGUGGUGGUUGACAGCUGUCAGAUAUGACUGGUUGUCAUUGUAUGAGACGCGGAUGGCAAAUGCCGCUGAUUAUGAUUUUGGGAGCUCUUGUCGC